GGAAAGUCUAGCUUUUGCCAAGCAAUUUCUAAUAGUAUAAAAUCCAUCUGAAGACAAAACGAAAACGAAACAGUAUUUCACUUUUUGCUAGGCCUACUCCAGUAUCAUGUCUUGCUUGUUUCUGAGACGUUGGCUCACUGCCAACGUCUGUAUAUGUAUCCUGUUCGUUUCGGGCAUCUGCAGGGCCAUUCCUCACCAUACUAACAUGAAUGAAGGCGAUACUGACAUGAAAGAUAUCCUUGGAUCAGGAGACGACCCUUCUUUGAAGCAGGACAAUAUUAUCAGCAACACCGGGCGAGACUUGUUGAAGAUGGCACAAACAGACACCGACAGUAUUGGCGGAGGAUUACAGUGCGGCACCACAAGGAUCGUGGGAGGGCAUGUUACCGAGGCGCACUGGCCGUGGCAAGCCGAGCUUUACGUCAAGAAGACGGGGCGUCAUCUGUGCGGAGGCACGCUAAUCGGCAGGGAACACGUACUGACUGCCGCUCAUUGUUUCGAUUCAUAUGACACGGCCGAAGUCAUGGUUCGCUUGGGCAGCCGCAGCCGCACCCUCGAGGAGUCCAGUGUGCAGACGUAUCCCAUCGCGUGCUCACACGGGCACAAACGGUACAGGAGAGAGACAAACUACGACUACGACAUCGUGCUCCUGAAGCUAAAGACGGCUGCAGCGGAGGCUACUCCAGCGCGUGGUGUCCAACUCACCGAGCACGUGGCACCGGCGUGUUUGCCAAUUCGACGAGAAUUUGGCGCGGAUGCAAAAUGUGUGGUCACCGGUUGGGGAUAUACGAGUUUUAGGAGUCUUCUACUUGGCAGGCUUCCAUCGGAGCUAAGAGAAGCAACGGUGCCCCUCAUCAGCGCCAAAACGUGCCGGAACGCCUACGGAUUCACCCUCACCAGCAGAAUGGUAUGCGCCGGCCACAUGCACGGCGAACGGCGGCCGGACACGUGCAAAGGCGACAGCGGGGGUCCGCUUGUCUGCCAAUCACAGGACGGGAGGUGGAAACUCUGGGGCGUGACGUCAUGGGGCGGGAACCAGUUCUGCAGCCAAUCGCCGACCGAUCCGGCACCAGGGGUUUACACCAGGGUGGACAAGUUUGUGAAUUGGAUCGAGAAAAAGAUGUCGGCAAAACGAUGUUUCAAAUGAUUAGAACAGCCAGUAAUAAUAUUGUAUUAUUUAUGACAUUAUAGAACAAGUAUUUAUUGCAUUUUUAAUUCGGGCAAUAAAUUUUGCUUAAU